GAUCUCUCCGCACCAAACAAACGCCACCGUCUUCCCCACCUCUCCCGUCCCCGGUCCGGUCCACCAACCGCCUCCAGGCCGCAACCAUGCACGGCCGCCGCCAUCUGGCGGCCUCCCUGGCGAGAACCCUGUCCCAGGCUCCCUCCCGCUCCAUCUCCUCCACCCCGUCCCUCCUCCAAACCCUCGACCCGACCCCGCAGUCCCCUCCCCUCGCCGCGCCCGCGGCGGGGCGGCUCGCGGAGAUGCGGAGGCGGCUGCAGGCGGAGACGCCGUCGCUGGGGGACUUCGCGUACUCGGUGGAGGUGGGGACGCGGAAGAAGCCGCUGCCCAAGCCCAAGUGGAUGAAGGAGACGAUCCCCGGCGGGGCCAAGUACGCGGCCAUCAAGGCCAAGCUGCGGGAGCUGAAGCUGCACACCGUCUGCGAGGAGGCGCGCUGCCCCAACCUCGGCGAGUGCUGGUCGGGCGGCGAGACCGGCACCGCCACUGCCACCAUCAUGAUCCUCGGUGACACCUGCACACGCGGAUGCAGAUUUUGCAAUGUCAAGACAUCACGAACCCCUCCUCCACCAGAUCCUAAUGAGCCUGCCAAUGUUGCGCAAGCUAUUGCAUCGUGGGGCCUUGAAUAUAUAGUCAUCACAAGUGUGGACCGGGACGAUUUACCUGAUCAGGGGAGCGGCCAUUUUGCUGAAACAGUACAGAGGUUGAAGACUUUAAAGCCAGAUAUGCUUAUUGAAGCGCUUGUGCCUGAUUUCCAAGGAGAUCGAAGUUGUGUAGAAAAGGUAGCAACUUCCGGGUUGCAUGUUUUUGCACACAAUAUUGAAACGGUGGAAGAGCUUCAAAGAAGUGUGCGAGACCACCGUGCAAAUUUUAAGCAAUCAAUGGAUGUUCUGAAAAUGGCGAAGGAGUAUGCCCCUCCUGGCACCCUCACAAAGACAUCAGUCAUGCUGGGUUGUGGGGAGACUCCCGAUCAGGUUAUCAGCACAAUGGAAAAGGUGCGAGCUGCUGGUGUUGAUGUCAUUACAUUUGGUCAGUACAUGAGGCCGUCAAAGCGACAUAUGCCAGUGUCUGAGUAUAUUACACCUGAAGCCUUCGAGAACUACCGCGCCCUUGGUGUUGAAAUGGGAUUCCGUUAUGUUGCAUCCGGUCCGAUGGUUCGGUCCUCCUACAAAGCAGGCGAAUUCUACAUCAAAGCCAUGAUCGAAGAUGACCGAGCAAAAUCAGGUGCUGUUGCAGACUCAAGUUGCUAGCUGACACACCUCCAGGCAUUGACAUGGCUACGUUGCAAAUAAGAUGUUCUAAUUGGAGAAACAUGUUUGAUUUUAUACAUCUUGGCAAUACUACUAUUCUUUUCAAGAGAAUGAAUUCUUCUGCGCCCCUCCUUUUUUUACUUAAAACUGCUAUUUGCAUUUCUUCACACUAUCCCAUAUUUUGUACGUGGCUAUAAAAUCAUCCAUUGUAACAGUAAGGGAUAGAGUCCGUCAAUGUACCUACCGGAUAUUAUUGAGGCCAUUAUUGUGCCUCAUGUGAUGUGCUUGUACAGAGUUUUGACGAA